AUGUCUUCCUCUGUUGCCCCGUUCAAAAAGCAACAGUAUUCUGACCUGAAGAGGGACUGUGUCAAGAACAAGAAGCUGUUUGAAGAUCCAGAGUUCCCCGCAAAUGAUUCAUCUGUGUUCUAUAAAGAAAAACGUUUUGGUAUCGUGAAGUGGAAACGACCAGGGGAGAUAACCUCAGAUCCUCGUCUGUUUGUGGAAGGUAUCAAUUCCCAUGACUUGAAUCAGGGGCAUGUAGGGAACUGCUGGUUUGUUGCUGCGAGCUCAUGUCUUGCUCUGAAACCAAAGCUUUGGAAAAAGGUGAUUCCCGAUUGGGAGGAGCAGGACUGGGAUCCCAAACAUCCAGAAAACUAUGCCGGAAUUUUCCACUUCCGGUUCUGGGUCUUUGGUCAGUGGACAGAUGUGGUAGUGGACGACCGGCUGCCUACUGUUGACGGACGCCUGAUCUACUGUCAUUCAAACAGCAAACGUGAAUUCUGGAGUGCUCUGUUGGAGAAGGCUUAUGCCAAACUCUAUGGCUGCUAUGAGUCUUUGAGAGGUGGAAAGGCUGGAGAUGCUGUGGUGGAUUUCAGUGGAGCUGUAUGUGAAACCAUCGACUUAGAGGAAGAGGCUUUCUACAAAGAUCAAGAAAAGCAAAACCAUCUAUUUGAGAAACUACUCGAAAUUUAUAACUGCGGAGGAAUCAUCAGCUGCAGCAUCAAGGUCUCUACUGAGCAUAAAAGUGAGCACAAGAUGUCAAACGGUCUAGUGAAGGGCCAUGCAUACGCUGUGACAGCAGUGAAGAGAGUACAUUUAGGUCAUGGGCCGUACCCCAGGACUAAAGCUUUUCCUAUGAUCCGAAUGAGAAACCCCUGGGGUUACAAGGAGUGGAAUGGACCCUGGAGUGACAGCUCUGAGGAAUGGUCCAAGAUUAGUAAUGCAGAGAGGCACAAACUUGAACUCACAGUAGAGGAUGACGGGGAGUUCUGGAUGUCCUUUGAAGACUGGUGCAGACACUUCAGUAUGGCACAAGUUAACCACAUUGUUGAUCCUUCACUCACCAACUCCCGUACAUGGAAUGAAGCUUUGCAUUUUGGGAGCUGGACAAGACAUGUUGAUCCAGUCUUAAACCGCAGCGGUGGCUGCAAAAGCAUGACAGUACUGCAGAACCCACAGUAUGUGUUUGAUGUGACAAAGAAAACGGAUGAAGUAAUGAUCACCUUGCAACAAAAAGACCAGAGGACCCAUAAAAAAACUGGUCAUGGAGAAAAUGUGGCCAUUGGCUUUGAGGUUUAUGAGGUGGAAUCGAACAGGAAGUACAGAAUAAACCAACUUCGGAAUCAGAAACAAAUGGGAAACCAACAUUUCUCAUAUUACCGGUCAGUUUUCAUGAGAUGCAACCUGCCCAAGGGCCGAUACGUCGUCAUCCCCUCCACCCUUCAAGCUGGUAUACAGGGAGAGUUCAUGCUGAGAAUUUUCACCCAUGAGGACUCAAGCUGCCGGUAUGAAAAUGAUUACCAUGGUGUGAAGCUGGGUCUAUGA